AUGGUUACUAAAACAAUUAUCCGAAAAUACCGCGAGCUUCGGAAGCCUAAGUCGCUAGCGCCCGACAGUUCCAGCCAGAACCAGCCAUCUCAGCCAAACUAUAACAUUCAGUCGGUUCCUUGCGCGCCAAGCUCUGCUCCUUCCAUCGCAACCUCGACUGCUACAAAGCCCAAACGUAAUAAGAGUCCCACCUCCAAAAGUCGCUAUGGUCUCAAUGUUGAAUAUGACGGCACACACAUCACCGACGGUCCGCAAGACCAAGGAGUUGACAUAGUGGCCAUUCACGGGCUUAAUGGCAAGUCUGACUUGACGUGGACCCACGAGAAAACAGGCAAGUCAUGGCUUAAGGACCUUCUACCGAUUGACCUGCCACGCGCGCGCAUCUUCACGUAUGGUUACGCAGCCGAGAUUUUGCUCAGCAAGAACGUGAGUACAAUAACCGACUACUCACUUGGACUCCUUGCGGAGUUACGCCGCCAACUGGAUCAAUCGUCCGAAGCUACUCCUCCGCGCCCAAUCAUCUUCAUUUGUCAUAGUCUAGGUGGACUUGUGUCCUCAAAGGCACUGCUUCUAGCUCAAGAACACAGCCACUAUGAAGACAUCCUGGCCUCUACCACCGCCAUCGUCUUUUUUGGUACUCCUCACCGCGGCUCAGCAAUAGCAGACCUAGGAGUGGCUAUCGGUGAUAUAGCAAAUGCCUUCUUCCUAAUUCCAGCCGUCCGCAGUGAUCUUAUCAAGGCGUUGAGCUUGGGAUCCGAAGAACUAGCCGUCCUUUUCGAAUCAUUUUGCAAACAAUUGGACUUCCUCAAGAUUGUUACCUUUUAUGAACGGCACAUCCUGCCUCCCUUCAACAAAGUGGUCGUCGAUCGCCCCUCGGCCGUUAUGGGGAUCCGCGGCGAGAUGGUCAUUCCCUUGAAUGCUGACCACAGGGCUAUGUGUCGCUUCGAGUCGAGGAGCAACAAUGAUUAUUCCAUGGUCGUCAGUCAACUCAAACGACUGUGUCAGGAAGCGAAGUCAAAUAGGCAUUCGGCGAACAUGUCUCUGCAAUCAAAUGAGAAGCGCUGUGAACCAGGUUGCGGAAAGACGAUGCUUUCUUUGUACCUCACCGAGCACCUGGCGAUCGAGUCUCCAUCUUCAUCCGGACCAGAAGUCUUCUACUUCUUUUGUGACGACAAAGUAGGUACGCAGAGGGAUGCAAAAGAAAUAAUGAAGAGCAUCCUACACCAGAUCCUGCUACGACACCGAAGUCUCAUCAAAUACAUGAAGUCGAGAUGGGAAGCCACAGGCCAUCAUCUUGUGGAUUCAUUUCACGCUCUAUGGGAGAUCUUCGUUCGUAUUGUGAAAGAAGCGAGGCUAGGUUCAUUCGGUAUUAUCGUCGAUGCGAUCGACGAAUGCGAACCAAACACUCGGCGGCUGUUCCUCCAGGCAAUCAAGCAGCUGGUGCAGGAAGCGCGUCGUGCGACCCGUCGCUCACGAAGUUUUGUCAAGUUCCUGUUCACUAGUCGACCUUCACCGCAAGACCUCAGCGUUCUUGAAGAAACCCAGAACACUGUCCUGCCACUAGAUGGAAACCAAGCCAGAAUCAGCGAAGAGAUUCGACUCGUUAUUCGCAAUAAGCUUGGGCGGAUCGCCAGCAAGCUGGGCUGCUCGGCCGAGACCAUUGCUGAAUUGGAAGCGCUGCUCACGGAAAAGGCGGAAAAGUCAUUCCUGUGGCUAAACAUCGUACUCAAGUCACUUGAGGAUAGUCCUUCUACGUCGAAGAGAGAUCUCAAGCGAAUUAUCAACGACUUCCCCCGUGAGCUACAAGCGACGUAUGCGGAGUUUCUCUACCGUAUACCCGAUAGUAGGAAAAUCAUCGCCUCCACCGUCUUACGCCUCUUGCUGGGAAGUUCGAGGCAUCUGUCGUUAGACGAAAUGAACAUAGCCUACACCAUUGAUGGCAGCCUGGAGGGCUAUCAGACUGUUGCCGAGGUGAUGGAAGACCGUCAGACCGCGCUCGAGCAGAUGUUACAACUUGUUGUGGGCCCUUUCGUUCGUAUCGAGGCGCAGAAGGUGUCUCUUAUCCAUCAGUCUGUGAAAGACUUUCUGACCGGACAUGCACUGUCAUCGCCAGACAGUACAGUUCAAGAAUUUGGUACUUCGACUCCGACGGCAGCGCUCCAUAUGGCUUCCACAUGUAUUCGAUACCUUUCUCUUGAGGAAUUCGCGACCGAUAUCUUCAUACUCCCGACCCUUCCGUGGGAUGAGGACGACACAAUUGCUGGUGUGCAAGAAGACACCGAUUCAGAAUCUUUAUUCGACUUGGGUUUCGACAUGAAAGGAGAUACCAUCAUGGAUACCGGUGACGGAUCCGAUGAAAGAACCCGCGUGUCUAUCGCUGAGCGAUACCAGUUUUACGACUAUGCUGCAAUGCACUGGGCUAGACAUUAUGCACAAUGCGAGACCGUUGUCGACAGAUCUACCCAGGAAGCUUUUCGCAGUUUGACACAACCCGGGAGUGGCAUGCUCACAAAUUGGCUCAAAUACUAUUGGUUUGAGACGGAUAUGGAGUAUGUGCUACCAGACUAUUUCGACACUGUCAUGGUGGCUGCGUUCUUUGACUGUGCAGUCAUGCUCAACGAUUGCUUGCGCAUGCCAACCGAACAGCUCAGCAAAGAUCGUGCUCUAUUUUGGGCCGCGAGGAUGGGAAGUGCAAAAUCGGUGGAGGUGCUGCUUCAGCAUAGUGCAAACCCUAAUUCGCGCGUAGUUGAACUACACACUCCAUUAACUAUAGCUUCUCAUCAUGGCCACGUUGAGGUUGUAAGAACUCUCCUGCAUGAUACACGUACCAGUAUCAAUGCCGAAGGACCGUCCGGUCGUUCUGCCUUAUCGUACGCGGCUGGAAACAGUCACCAGGAAAUCUUUCAGAUGCUGUUUAACCGGCAUGAUUGCCGGCCUGAACACCAGGAUAACAACGGAUGGACAGCUCUUUUCUGGGCCAUGGAAAGAGACCACACGGUGAUUGGGCGUGCUCUGCUUGCCCACAAAGCUGUGGAUGUCAACCAUGUCGACCGCCAGGGCCGCUCAAUACUGUCUUGGGCUGCAGGCGAAGGCUUUCUACAGGCCUUGAAGAUGCUACUCAAGCAACCGGGUGUGGACACAAAUCUCAAAGACAAGAAGGGCCGGACACCAUUGCUAUGGGCUGCCAACAACGGCCAAGGAGAGGCCAUUGAUGUCCUUAUGAGGGAUGACUACAACAUCGACAGGCAAAGCAAAGACAAUGACGGUAGAAGUGCUCUUUCUCUAGCCUGUGGCGGCGGCCACACAGAUUGCGUAAGAGCCUUGAUCAAAUAUCGGUGUGGAGAUGAGAACGAAGAAGAUGUGAGCGGAUGGACACCACUUGCUUGGGCUCUGGACCGCCAGUCCCCUCCAACAGUGGGCGCUUUACUAGCGGGUCGGGAGGUGAAGCUUGACCAUCAGGAUCAGAGCAAGAAGACUGCUUUGAUAUGGGCAGCAGAAUACGGCUAUUAUGACGUGGUGGAGAUGUUGCUGCAGCAAGGUGCCGAUUCUCGUAUAACUAGUACAAAUGGUCGAACCGCUCUAGACAUGGCAGAGUUGUAUGGGCGUACAGAGAUCGCAGCUUUGCUCAGACAGGUAAUGUCGAUGGAGGAGAACACUGUUUGGUGA